GACACAGCUGCACAAAAUCAACAGCAAGAAGCAUCCUGCUUAUUCAUCAGGAUGGGGAAUUUGAAUAACAAAAAGCCAUUUGAAAUGGUAUAAGGUAUAAAAGCUUGAGUGAACAUGGCCUAUUGGACAACAUCCCAGAGCCGCAGCAAACAAACACCAUGGCCAAGAUCAUCUUCUACGAGGACAGGAACUUCCAGGGUCGUUCCUAUGAGACCAGCUCAGACUGCCCUGAGUUGACCUCCUACCUGAGCAGGUGCAACUCCUGCAGGGUGGAGAGCGGCUGCUUCAUGGUGUACGACCGCUCCAACUUCCAGGGAAACCAGUACUUUGUGAGGAGAGGAGAGUAUGGUGACUACCAGCGUAUGGGCAUGUCUGACUCCGUUCGCUCCUGCCGUAACAUCCCCAUGCACAAAGGACAGUUCAGGAUGCAGGUCUAUGAGAGAGAGAACUUUGGGGGUCAGAUGCACGAGAUGAUGGACGACUGUGACUCCAUCCAGGAGCGUUACCGCAUGUCCGACUGCCAGUCCUGCAACGUGAUGGAGGGCCACUGGCUCAUGUACGAGCAGCCCCACUUCAGAGGCAGGCAGAUGUACGUGAGGCCUGGAGAGUACAGGAACCUCAGAGAGAUGGGCAACAGCUCCGUGAACAGAUACACCUCCAUGAAACGUGUCCUGGAUUCCUGCGAGAGCCAGCAUCAUUGAAGUCUGAGAUUCUUAUUUUUCUGGCAUUCAAAAUAAAUAUUGGAUAAUUGAAAUGCA